UUUCUAUAUGUGACUGUCCCCUUCCACUUCCUUUCCUCCGUUCCUUACAUUAUUAUAAUAAUUUCCAAUGCAAAGACGUCUCUCUCUCUUUUUUUUCUCUCCGAAUUUUCUCCGACAAUUUAUAAUUUAAUUAAAAUAUGUUAUUCUAAUGUAAUAUUUCUUACAAAUUACACUUUUUACAUAAAAAGAAAAUUUGAAUUGCUUUCAUUCCUGGUUCGGAUCUCCUCAGCUCCAGCAUUUUGGUUUCGGGAUCUGAAAGUUUUCCCGGAAAAUAUUUCAAUUUUCCAGGAAAACGAAAACUGACUCGAUUUCGGAUCCGACACAAUGGACAAUGGGGAUAUAGAAAGUAACUCCGACGACAAUCUCCGCGCGCCGAUAGGUCGGAAGUACCGUCCUGUCGUCGACAAUGAUAGCGCCGUUCUCGAGAUGUCUCCAAUGGAUCCUUCUGGAUCUUCUUCUUCUUCUUCCGCCCUGCCUGUUGUUCACCAAGUUCCCCUCAAGAAUGUAAAUGUGAGCUCUCAGCGAAACAUGGAUACCAUUGUAGAUGAGGAAGCCAUUCGACCUCAAAGAGACUCCAAAUUGGAAUUGUUUGGUUUUGAUUCUCUUGUUAACAUUCUUGGUCUUAAGAGUAUGACAGAGGAGCAAUCUGCAGAGCCUUCCAGUCCUAGAGAUGGUGAAAAUAUUUCUAUCACUCAGGGUCGACCAAAGACUUCUGAGCUCAAGUUGGGUACGUUGAUGGGUGUAUUUGUUCCUUGCUUGCAAAACAUAUUGGGAAUUAUCUACUAUAUUCGAUUUUCUUGGAUUGUUGGUAUGGCUGGCAUAUGGGAGUCUUUAUUGGUAGUAGCAUUUUGUGGCUUGUGUACUUUUCUGACUGGAAUCUCGCUGAGUGCAAUUGCAACUAAUGGUGCUAUGAAGGGUGGGGGACCGUAUUAUCUUAUUGGUCGAGCCCUUGGUCCAGAAGUUGGAGUUAGCAUUGGACUAUGUUUCUUCCUUGGAAAUGCAGUUGCUGGAUCUCUCUAUGUUUUGGGUGCUGUAGAAACUUUUUUGAAAGCUGUACCAGCUGCUGGAAUUUUUAGAGAGACUAUCACGAGAGUUAAUGGCACAGUAAUUCCAGAACCAAUACAAAGUCCGAGUUCACAUGACUUGCAAAUUUAUGGGAUUGUUGUGACUAUUGUUCUUUGCUUCAUUGUGUUUGGUGGUGUGAAAAUGAUCAACCGCGUUGCACCUGCUUUUCUCAUACCUGUUCUAUUUUCACUUUUCUGCAUAUUCAUUGGGAUAUUUGUGGCGAAGAAGGAUCAUCCUUCACCUGGAAUAACGGGCUUGAGUCUGGCAUCAUUUAAAGAAAACUGGGGUCCAGAUUAUCAGAAUACUAAUAAUGCUGGUAUUCCUGAUCCUGAUGGAAAAGUGUCGUGGAAUUUCAAUGCUAUGGUUGGUCUCUUUUUCCCUGCUGUAACUGGAAUUAUGGCAGGUUCUAAUCGAUCAGCCUCACUGAAAGACACUCAGCGUUCAAUUCCUAUUGGAACACUUUCUGCAACUCUUACAACUACUGCAAUGUAUGUUGUUUCUGUCUUACUAUUUGGUGCACUUGCCACAAGAGAGAAGCUUUUGACUGACAGGCUGCUUACAGCUACAGUUGCCUGGCCUUUCCCAGCCAUUAUUUACAUUGGAAUCAUUCUUUCGACUUUAGGUGCUGCACUUCAGAGCCUAACAGGUGCCCCCCGCCUGCUUGCAGCAAUUGCCAAUGAUGAUAUUUUACCCGUGCUUAACUACUUCAAAGUCGUAGAAGGGAAUGAGCCUUAUAUUGCUACUCUCUUUACUGCAUUUCUCUGUAUUGGGUGUGUCAUAAUUGGGAAUCUGGAUCUUAUCACGCCCACCAUUACUAUGUUUUUCCUUCUGUGCUAUGCUGGUGUCAACUUAUCUUGCUUCCUUUUGGAUCUUUUAGAUGCUCCUAGCUGGCGCCCUCGGUGGAAGUUUCACCAUUGGAGUCUCUCUCUUCUUGGAGCUUUUCUUUGUAUUGUUAUUAUGUUCUUGAUCUCUUGGUCAUUCACUGUAGUGUCUUUAGCUCUUGCUAGCCUUAUAUAUUAUUAUGUGAGCAUUAAAGGAAAGGCUGGGGACUGGGGUGAUGGUUUCAAGAGUGCUUAUUUCCAGUUAGCUCUGCGCAGUCUUCGAUCACUUGGAGCCAACCAAGUGCACCCAAAGAAUUGGUACCCUAUCCCUCUGAUAUUCUGUCGUCCAUGGGGAAAGCUGCCAGAAAAUGUUCCGUGCCAUCCAAAACUUGCCGACUUUGCCAACUGCAUGAAGAAAAAGGGUAGGGGAAUGUCCAUUUUUGUGUCUAUAUUGGAUGGAGACUACCAUGAAUGUGCUGAAGAUGCCAAGGAGGCCACUAAGCAGCUUGCUACCUAUAUUGAAUACAAGCGUUGUGAAGGUGUAGCUGAGAUAGUUGUAGCCCCUAACAUGUCGGAAGGCUUUCGUGGCAUCAUCCAGACUAUGGGCCUUGGAAAUCUCAAGCCAAAUAUUGUGGUUAUGCGGUACCCAGAAAUAUGGCGUCGUGAGAACUUAACUGAAAUUCCUGCUACUUUCGUUGGAAUCAUUAGUGAUUGCAUUGUGGCAAACAAGGCAGUUGUUAUUGUCAAGGGUCUUGAUGAAUGGCCAAAUGAGUAUCAGAGGCAGUAUGGAACAAUCGAUUUAUAUUGGAUAGUGAGAGAUGGCGGUCUCAUGCUUCUCCUUUCUCAACUACUACUUACGAAGGAGAGCUUUGAAAGCUGUAAGAUUCAAGUCUUCUGCAUUGCCGAGGAAGAUAAUGACGCAGAGGCUCUCAAGGCUGAUGUGAAGAAGUUUUUGUAUGAUCUUAGAAUGCAAGCUGAAGUGAUUGUUAUUAACAUGAAAUCAUGGGAUGGACAAACAGAUGGCAGUGCUCAACCAGACGAAUCUUUAGGAGCAUAUACCGGUGCUCAGCAGAGAAUUGCUAAUUACAUGGCCGAUAUGAAAUCGAAGGCAGAGAGAGAAGGGACCCAACUUAUGGCUGAUGGGAAGCCUGUGGUAGUGGAUGAGCAUCAGGUGGAGAAGUUCCUUUACACGACACUUAAGCUGAAUUCGACAAUACUCAGAUACUCGAGAAUGGCUGCUGUUGUGCUGGUGAGUUUACCGCCGCCUCCGGUCAACCACCCGGCGUACUUCUACAUGGAGUACAUGGAUUUGUUGGUGGAAAAUGUGCAGAGGCUUCUGAUUGUAAGAGGAUACAGGAGAGAUGUUGUAACUCUAUUCACAUGAUUCGCAAUUUGGAAGGUAAGAAGUAAAAUUUGCAUUUUGUUUAUAAUAUGAUUUUUUCUUACCCUUUUAAAAGUAUAUCUUUUUUUUAGUUAAAUGUUAAAUUCAUUCUUUUUCUUUUUUACAAACUUGCUGAAGCAGAAUUUUGCAUGUAUCGGUAGUUUUUUUUUUGGUAGAAUUUGAAUAUUUUUCCCUCUUUGGGGCUUUGUAUUUUUGAAUGAUAAAUUUUCUCGUACGCGUUAGAAUCAAUUCAAAUUUAACCCUAUCAUUUUAUGGGAUUCGCAUUUAA